ACGCUUAAGCGUCGCGGCCGGCGCUGUCCCCGCGGCUGGGCUCGGCCAUGGAGGUGGCUAGGGACUACGUGGGCUCGCUGGUGCGAUCUUUGGUAUCCAUGGGAGCAUCUAUGGGAGCAGUAACAAAACAGACCCUGUUCCCUCCUCUCAUGCCUGCAGGGAGACCUUUCCGUGUGUCCAAUGCCUCCCGAAGCAGCCGGAAAGGAAUUGUUGCAAGCAGUCUGCAAGAGCUCAUCAGCAAGACUUUAGAUGCCUUUCUUAUAUCUGCUGGAAUAGUUACUUUGGUUUUGGAGGAAGAUGGCACAGUUGUGGACACAGAAGAGUUCUUCAAGUCCCUGGAUGAUAAUACACACUUCAUGGUUCUAGAAAAAGGAGAGAAAUGGACACAAACAAGAAAUGGAGUUGCCACUGUGAAACGCAAGAAGAAAAUGGGAGUAGCUAACAUCACAUUUGAUCUGUACAAGCUGAACCCAAAGGAUUUUAUUGGCUGCUUAAACAUCAAGGCAACCUUCUAUGAGAUCUACUCUGUCUCCUAUGACAUCAAAUGUAUGGCAGCAAAAAGCCUGCUGCGGAAGGUGCUUCAGCUGAUGUCCCAUGCAGCACAAAUAACUGGACAGUUUCUUCUCUACACUGGGACCUAUAUGUUGCAGUUGAUGGGUGAAUAUGAUGAAGAUGACAUGUGCGCAAGAUCAAGGCGGGAGUAGUGAGCACAGCUGCACUUCUGAUCUCGGAUCCUUUGACUUAAAGACAUUCUCUUGCCCAGUUUUGAUUGUAAUGAUGUUAUAGGAAGGAGAUGCUGUCUGACUGACAUGAUCUAACGUUUUUUCCCAUGUGGGGAUGCUUUGUAGGCCUUAGUAAUAAAACAAGGGUUUGGUGUUCACAGUCCCAUAACACACCAAAAGAUGGGUGCCUAAUGCCUGAGAUUUGGCACAAAGAGAGAGGGCAGUGUUUGGCCCCAGCACCUCCAAAUAGAGAAUAAGUAUACUUGGAAACCUGCACACUUUGUAACCAGUGGAAUAUUUCUUGCACACAUUAAAAUGUAAGUUGGUUUUUUUUCAUGGCUGUCUACUUGCCUUCUGAACAGAUUGGGCUGUAAGGUGGGGGAGGGAGGGAUGUGGGUUUUGUUUUUUAAUCCUUAACAGUGCUGGUAUUAGUGCCCAACUGGCAUUGAGGUACAAAAGGGUGAAGUGUACUUAUGUACUCCAGCUAGCAAUGGAACUAUGCAUUACAACUGAGUACUGGACCAGUGACUGUCUACUCUGGUGCAAAGACUAAUUGAAGGAAAUACAGUAGCUAAACAAAAGCUUAAAAUUUAGCCUUAUUUCCCUUAAAACAAGUUAAAACAUUUCAUUGUAUCUCUUUCUAUUUUCCUUCAAACCUGCAGAAAGCUUGGGUUAGUAGCACUCAUAUCAGUUGAAGAACUUG